GGCAGGCCUCGAGGGCCGAGCGAGACGGAGCAGCGCCCGGGCAGGGCCAGGCUCGUCAGCCGAGUGCGCUGCGGUAGGUGGCUGCUGUGGCUGCUGUCCUACGACGACGAGCAGCGGAGAUAAUAGUAGUACAACGAGUGCGGGUGCUGUUGGUGAUUGUACCAGUAGUAUUAGUAGUAGUAGUAGUGGUGAAGGUGGUCGUGCAAUAGUAGGAGCCGCCGCCUCCCGGGGCCGCCGCGGUUCAGCCGUCGGCGACGGGCCCAGUGCCAAGAUUGCGGCCAAACGCCAGUGUUGUGUGCGCAAGUGCAAUAAUACGAUACUACGGAGGAAACAGGCAAACAAGGCUAACAAACAACUACAAACCGGCACAGCGAACAACAAGUUGAAAAAGAGCAGCAGUGCAGCGCUGCUCGCGGGACUCGUUGUACGCGAGAUGGAUUGGUCGGUCAAGGCGCGCCGAACGAAAAAAUGCGCCGAGACAGCCAGCAUCGAUUUUUAUGCUCGCGACGGCAGUCUGGAAAUCCCGGCGGACGGAUACGGCUUGGCGAUGAAAGAGAGCGAAGCGAGUUGCAUUCAAAGGAGGUACUUCAGUAGUCUACAUUGCGUGAACGGGGACGCCAGCCGGGUGGGCAGCGGCGGCGGAGGAGUCGGCGUGGGUAUAGACAGCGGCUGCGGCAGCCGCGUGGCAACGAGGCUGUUGCGGAUCCGCAGUCGGGGUAGCUCGGCCGGCCCCGGCAGCGGUGGCGGUGCCGGGAACGGCGUCAGCAGCCCGCGGGCCGGCAGUCCACGUAGACAGGCAGCCCAGCAGGCCCUCGAGGCGAGCAACGCAACAACAACAACAACAACAACAACAACAACAACAACAGCAACAACACAACAACAACAACAACAACAACAACAACAGCAACAACAACAACAGCAACCGCACCAUCAUCACCAUCACCACCAGCACCAGCCGCCCAGUCACCACGGCCACGGGCUGUAUCACGCGAGCGCCAAUCCCCGGCACUCGAGGCAAAAGGUGUCCAUUUCGAAGCAGUGCGCCGAUCACCGCCACAACCCCACGCGCUCGCAGCACCGUACCUCCAACCGGGGCAUGAGCAUGGGCCAAAAAGUUUCAGGUAACGUGAAAAACGUAUCUCGCGACAGCAGCGGUGGCACUGUCAACGGGAUCGGGGCCGGUGGUGGAACAGUGGCGUGCAAGUCACUCGGACCCCGUGAACUGGCUCAGGACUACUCGAAGCCGGCGCGUCUGGAUGUCCUCUUGGACAUGCCACCCGCUUCGCGGGAGACGCAAGUCAGCCACAGCUGGAACGCCGACGACAGGAGUUUGAAUAUCUUUGUCAAGGACGAUGACAAGCUGACGUUCCAUCGGCAUCCCGUGGCCCAGAGCACCGAUUGCAUACGAGGAAAGGUUGGCUACACGAAGGGUCUCCACGUGUGGGAACUGCACUGGAGUACGCGGCAGCGCGGUACCCAUGCGGUCGUCGGCGUUGCCACGGCGGAUGCGCCUCUGCACAGUGUGGGCUACCAGAGCCUCGUUGGCAAUAACGACCAGAGUUGGGGUUGGGAUCUCGGCCGAAACAAACUCUACCACGACUCGAAAAACACCAAUGGGAUCACUUACCCGACUCUCCUCAAGCCAGAGGAAAGCUUCGUCGUUCCUGACAAGUUCAUGGCUGUGCUUGAUAUGGACGAGGGCACACUUGCUUUCUGCGUAGAAAAUCAGUACCUGGGUGUUGCAUUCAGAGGCCUCAAAGGUAGAAAGUUGUAUCCUAUUGUGUCGGCAGUGUGGGGCCACUGUGAAAUCACCAUGAAGUACAUUGGAGGCCUUGAUCCCGAACCCCUGCCACUUAUGGACUUGUGCCGGCGAGUUAUCCGACAACGAAUCGGCAAAGAGCAGCUGGAAAGCAAGAUUAACUCGUUGCAUCUCCCUUCAUCGAUGAAGACUUAUCUUUUGUACCGUGACAGGAGGUAACCACAAAUACUGUUUCUCAAAACACCGCACCGACUUAGAUCACGACUAAUAUGAGAUCGCGAGACGUCAACGAGCAGUGACCAAGCUAUGAACCACAAAGCAACGCACACGGAGAGCUGCCAGACAAACUCCCACUCCUACCCUCAAACUUCCCCAGCCUCGUAAGCUAUCGAGCAAGACCCACCGACAGCUGCGCUAGUGUCUCUCACCAAGUUUCUCUCGAGUACAGAGUGAAAAGAAUGAAAGAAAGAAAGGAAAAAAAAGAAAAAAAAGGAUUUUAAAAAAUAAAUAAACAAAGAAAAAAAAAAUAAAAACACGUACGCGCAUGAAAUGUCAAUAAGUACAAAGAUCGCUGAAAAGUCGCUUAUGCGUAACGCAAGCAGCUGAUGAAGACAAGUAGCCUUGUCGACGAGUCUGUCGAGCUUUCUUUUCGUGAUCUAUACAUCUCUUUUCGGUUCGGCUUGUUUUAGAGUUAUGCGCAAUCGUAGAAAAUUAUUAGCUUGUAUCGUUGUUUUAUGUUUUUAAUGUGCGAUUGAAAUCGUGGAUUCUUUAUUCAUUGUUGAGAUUAGCGACCAGUGUCCAAUGUCGCGAGUCCAUUAUUAUUAUUAUUUUUUUUUUUUAAUGUAUUUUGGUGAUUUUUGUUGAGAUAAAAGUGUAUGCUUAUGGAAAAAAAAAUAGUAAUAAUAAAGUGUAAAAAUCACUUUCAGCGAACAAUCGAACCAGGUGGAAAAAAGCAAGUGUAAAAUUUUUAUGUAAGAGAGACACGUCGUAUGGCGAUAUCAUUCGUUUGAUCUUGGUGGUUGUUCAAGGUUGGCCAGUAAAUUAUUAGACUUAGUCGAGCCUGAAGACACCCGGUAGAUCUACGGAUAAUUGUUUCCUCUGUCCAAGAAUACAGGGCUUACACGCUCUAGUCCAGCACUGCAUGUGAGUGAGGACUUUAGAUGAUUAUUAUUAUUAAAAUUAUAACUAUUAAUACUGAUGCAAGAAAGCAAGAAGAUUCGUCAAGAGCUGAAUAAAACUAGAGAGACAUUUACUUUUAAGUGAAGCAAUCACUAAUUAAUAAUUUGAGAAUGGAAUGAAAAAUGUGUGUAUAAUUAUGAAAGCCAACAGAAUGAACAGUCAUACACCUUCCAAUAGACUUGAUUUUUAAAUAAUUUUUUAAGCAGUCUAGAUCUAACCAGAGUUAUGGUGGAGUGCGUGUACGAUAGACGAGACGAAUUUUCGAGAUUAGUAGAGAUUUUUUAAUACUUUGUGGAAACAAUGUAUGGAUAGCAUGCUUUUUUUUUGUUUAUUUUUGCGUCUUGCAUGUAUUAUGAGUUGUGAAUUUUUGGCGUUUAUUUCAUCGUCCUGUUGAUGUUGAAUUACGUAUCCAAGUCUUAACAGUUAUUAAAAUGAUUUAAGUGUACAUAAUCAUAUUUUUGAAUAAUGAAUUCUUUUUGCGUAUAAAAACCAGAUAGAGAUUAUAGGGGAAAUUCGAACUGAACAGAAAAAUCAUAAACACUGAGAACUGAGGUGUGAAAACGAUGAUGGUAUUAUGAGUUACGGUGACGUUUUAUAAUACUACGGUGAUUUAUCAAUGAUACAAUUCAUUGUAAUAUGGUACAUAAUUAUCUCGUUUGCAUGAUGGCAUAUGAUUGCUUUGUUUUCUUAAUGUCGUUUAAUUACGGUUUCAUACGAGCCUUUCAUCGUAUUUGUAAGUUGUACAUAAAUAUUUAAUAACAUUUGUCACCUUCAUCAAGUAUUAUGUAAAAACGGACGUAAAAAUAGUCGUAACAUAAUUUAAUUUCGUGACAAUGGUUACAUAACAUGAUUUCACAAGAAAAAGAAUGGAAAAAAUGAACAAUUUUACAUCUGUUUCGAAACGGUGUGAAAUCGCCGAAAAAUUUUAUCGUUUUCUCGCAUUGAGUUUCUCUGUAUUUAUGAUAUUCCCUUAUUUUUCUAACAGUUGUACAAUUGAUUAUAAAACCUUUCAAAAAUUUUGUCAUGGCUAUAUUUAUCUGUAGUCAUUGUUUGAUACUGCUCGUUUGUGUCGCGUGAUAAAAGUUGUUUAAUUUAUGUUGUAUAAAUUGGUUGUUAUUUUGCAAUACUUGAUAAAACUUAAUAAACAGUGUCAAAAUUUU